GGCUUUAGUUGCCGGACAUUUGGUAUGAUAAGAACCUUUCGUUUAUUGUGGUAUCUUGAGACUUUCAAAAAAUGUACUUCAUCUACCCAUCCAAAGCACAUACUUGCUAUGAUCGAUCCACCCAUUUUAUCUAGACCUAUCCCUGAAAGGUACAAAAACCCACUCCAUGCUUCAUAAAAUCCCAAUUCACAGCAUGAAAUUCUCAAACAUGAUUUGCUUCUCCCAUGGCAGCCUCAUCGCGGCAUCGUUUGCACAUACACCAGCCGCCUAGACUACCCCUUGCCCAUUCCCGGCGUUGUUGCACAGGCAAAUUGACGUCGCAAUAGUGGUUGAGAAUCUCCUCACCUUUCUUGAUACCUCCCGGACGACCACCCACAACACGCUCCUUUCUGGCUUCAAGAACCAUGCGGCCACCCCAUUCCCAUGUGACGUUGGGGUCGCAAUCAUGGUUCGCCAGACACCAAUACGGGUGCACUGCGGCGACAUCAGGGCGACCAUCCCGAGGGUUUUUACGGGCCGAAGCAGUGCCCCUGAACUUGGCGUAUAGCGUGUUGAGAACCCAUAGAUCGUUCUCAGCGAGCGAAGAGUAUAUAUCGAUAUCCAUCUUUUCCAAAACGUGGAGCGGUGUUUCGACAUUGUAUUUGAAAGAAAAGGGCAGUGUCCACUCAGGAGGCGGGCCAGCAUUUGGUGAGACGUUGAUGUCGUUGGUUCGAGUCGGAACAAAAUCACCCCAUAUAUACUUGACCUCUCGAACAUCAAGAGGAUUAACCUCCUCGUGAGCAGCAAUAGCCAAGACACGAGAAAGCAGCAAAAGGUAAAGUGUUUGGUCCGCUUCAAAUGCAUCAGGAUCCUUAGCGAUUGCAUCGACAUCCUUCUCACAAACCGCUGGAUGAUAUCUCUCCAUGGCUUGAUCAAAGCAAUACUGAGUGCAGAACACCGUAUCGUAGCAUUCAGGGCAACUGACGGGCUCGUUCUCGCUGCCUAGUGGUGGCAGAUCAGAACUGCAUGCGUCACAAAUGGAGUCCUUCAGACGAUUGUUCGCCGUGAGAAGUGAGUAUUCCUUCAGCACAACCUCACCGGGGGCGAUGUCCUCCUUGGCGAAGACUCCAAGCUGCUUGCAUGUUGGAAUAAUUUCAUAGUCAUCGGUGCUGCUCGCUCCUUCUAACAAGACAGGCAAGGUCGCAACCUCGACAACACACUUUGGUGCCAUGGAGCUCAAACGCUCGUUGAGUUCAGCCAAUGAUUCCGGGGCGAAACGAUCAGGUUCGUGGUCAUUCCAGGGGUAGACCUCGCGACGGACGAGACCUUGAUCGGGGAGAUUGGGGUAGUCAAUAUCGAUGUCAUCACGGCGAAGCCUUCUGCGGGCGACAGUGACAAUGUUGUUCUUGGUGUCGAGUAGUUCUUGAUUCGAUGGUGAGAGCUGAAGACCGCGCUGACAGAAACUGGCAGCACUCUGCAGUGAUCCACAAAGUAACAGGCCUAAAGAUAGGAUCUGAUAUGCACGAACUUGCGCCAAUAUGGCCAGUCGUUUGACUGCCUCGUCUUCGACUUCCAGGUCAGUUUCGGGGCUCUGUAGCUCAUCUUGGGGAAGGUUCCCAUGUGCUAGAACAUCGGGUAAGGGAACUGCUGUAUGCAUCUGCAAAGACUCGAGGGCCUGCUCAUGAUAUUCGAAGCCCUCAUUGAGAACCUCAUCGGCUAGUAAGAGUGCACGAUAUGCAUCACCGGCUGCAAGGUCCGGAUAUCCUAGAUCCGAGUGGAUAGCGGCACGGUUGAGGUAGAGUAUCAAGUCAUAGGGUAGGCUAGAAAGUCCUUCUGUGAGCUGUGUUCGCCGGUCGAGCAGCUGCUCGUUCCGGGCUGUUGGGUCCAUGUCAGGAUCAAGAUCGUCGAGGUGAUGACUCGUCAAGUCAAAAGCCAGUCUUUUCAUCGAGUUGUGUAAGUUGACACAAGAGUGGACUUCGGUAAAGAGGAGUAAAUGAAAAGUUGAACUAAUGGAUUUAGGCCAAGAAUUGAAUGCGGGACCCUGGGUGUAGAGCAGAGUUCAGCUCUGGUCUAAAUCCGCAGAGAUCGCAGUCAUAUAAAAAGGAGGAGGCAUAGAAAGAAAGACAAGUCUAGAAGUGACGAUGGCAGUCGUUUGGUUACCAGACAAGGAUCGGGGAGCCAAGGAAUCGAGAAAGGGAGAAAUAACUUGGGGGAGCGCGGUGAUUCGCUAUUCGUUUAUAUUAGUUGUCUUCUGCAACGGGAGGCUUUUUGGUAAGGUAGUCCAGGAUGAUUUCCCAUCAAGACCCUGAAUCUUGAUAUUUUUGCCGAAGAUAAAACAGGGUAUUGUUCAAUAGGCAAGGUAAGGCAGUUGGCCAAAACAAAGAAAACAGGCUUGGCAAUUUCCAACUGCCAAACAAAAGGUUGGCUAAUGAUGUUGGUCGGUGUUAGAUGUCGGAGCGAAGGUUCCGGGUCACACGAGAACAAAGUGCAACUGAGAAGUGUGUGGUGUGGUCACGACUCACCAGAGAAGUAACGUCCGUUGAUGAUUUGAUCGCCAGGGUCCAUCCAUCCCGUUUCAACCUCCAAUUCGAUUUUUAAACCCCCAAACUGAGUAAGGAAAAAAAAAACCUAGAACGUCCCACAGGUGGGCUAAAAAGUCCCCUGCACACCCCUCCCACGUUUGCUCGACUCGCAGCUGUCAAAUACGAAAAGGCUAGAGCUUCGAUAUUGUCAAGGGAGCCAUAAUAUAAGGGUCCUCCAGAUCCAAACUGGUGUGAUCAUUACGUAGGGAACUUGAUUCUCGGAUUGACUAACCGAAGUGGUGUCGUUCUUUUUUUCUUCUUAUUCUUUCAUCAAGCUCUUUUCUUCGAUGAGCCAGCUUCGCCGGGCCGGUCUCUUAGAGUGUCCAAUGACCAAGGACAGCAACCAAUCGCACCUCUAACGGCAAACUUGAGAUCGAUCGCAGAAAUGACAUUUUUGUGCUGGGCUGCAUAGGCAUGCAGCAGGUCAAGAGGCUUGCCCGUUUCCCAAAACUGCUUCCCAAUCAAGUCUGAAAUAAUAAAGAACAUGCUGCAGUGCAGCUUCACAUCGGAUUCUCGAAGUCAUCAUUCUCGGAUGCCGACUUGACGGGCCCAUGUCAUAAGUCGACGUCGAUUCGAGUGCCAACGACCCUGCUAAUGCCCUGCAUGCAUGAGAGUGUAGUAGGAACAAGCACAUACACUCACCGUUUCUUACACGAUCUUGAGAGACUUGUUGUUACCCCUCAGUUGAGGAGGUCUUGAAAUGUUUCUUCGACAGCAUGGUCUAUAGCUCGGGUACAAAUCAGGCGACGCGGAAUAUAUCGUUUGAGCGGAUGCUCCUCGAUGAGACUCUGGUAUUCACGAGUGACCUGAGGAUUACGGAGAAUGAAGCUGUUGGAGGCUUCUAGAGACGUCCAUUUCCUACAUGGAUACUGUAUCUAUUCACCUGAGAAUUGCAUAAAUGGAGGGGCUAGAGGGGUCAGAAUCUUGGAGGGGUCCAUUGGAGGGGCAGACCAGGGACCAGAUGGACGAGGGUUUAACCAGCCGGCAUCUGCCCUGGAAAAUUCUGCCAGGGCUGCCCGGCCAUGAUGGAGCUCAUAGCGACUUACACACAUACACCCACAGAGAUGCACACUGAAUAGAAAGCACCGCAGGUAAUCAAUUAUACGACAGGGCAUAGAUACUGGAUAUAAGACUGACAUGCCUCCUUUCACCCAUGAAUGCUCUGCCCAAGGUGAUCAGUGAAGUCGGUAUAAGUUGACAGCCUCCCUCCCUCAUGAGACAAGAGCUAAAGAGCACAACCACCGUCCACGAUGCUUUGCAACGGAACGGCUAGCGGCGUGCCUAAACCCGCCGAGAAACCAGCUAACCUAACGCUGUGCCCUCUUAGCCGGACAUACGUCAUGAAAUCACCCGUCCUACCCUACCUCAAGCCACGGGAACGCUCCCUACACCUGGGUAUCCUUAUCAGAGGAUGAAGGGAGAAGACGUCAGAUUUGGACGUUUAUACUGCCUGUUCCUUCCAUGCAUGAGUCCAGACGUCUUGCCUAGCUCAAUUGGCCCGUGCUUCUUUUGUGGUAUUCACGGAUAGAUAAUUGAUCCUUCGACACAUAUCUAGCCAUGUACCAAAAACGAUCGAAACCGACGACAAGAUUCGGAGCUGUCGAGGAGCUGUCGAGGAGCUGUCUGGCUGACUAUUGGCUCUGUGCUGUGUCACCACCCGGUAAUGAUGAUGCUACUUUGGUUGCCUCUUAGGUCGCUUGGCUUCCAUUGCUUUGACAAGGGUUAGUUAGGUUAGGUAGGGCUCAGUAGCACGUCAGCAACUUAAGACCACAUGUCAAGCCGCUGUAAGUCAGAUCUAAUAUGCUUAAAGAUCUCUCUCCAAGAUUCCCAAGCAACUUAGAUGACGAUUUCUCAUCAGCCUUCGUCAUUGAUAAUAUUCCUAGACGGGACCUACCACCAAACCAAGCUCAAGUCCAAUCAUUCCAUAAGGAGGACUUAGCCUUCCUCACUCAUCCCCAUGCCAACUCUUAUUACCUUGACGACGACUGGGAACAAACGGCAAUCCGAUAAGCUUUUCUCAACGGGACACCACGCGGCUAAACUGCCCCAUGGUUGACCUGCGUUAUCUAGAAACAGAAACCAGCCAUACACGAUUCAGAUAUGCCAUUGUCAGAAAGUCAAAGCCUACUUAACCUAGCUAACUACAUAGUACCUUGCUGUGCAGUACUCUACAGGUGUCUAGCACGCCACUGCACUCAUCAUAUCGUCUUCUGUACCGGAGACUGAUCUAACUGUAAGCUCCCACUGAGCUUCAUCAUUCUGAUUGCCCUCAACUAUCAUCGAAGCUUUCGAGGUACCAAGGAAGCCAUUGUGAGACCGUUUUCGCUCCUCCCAACCCCGUCUCUCCGCCCACCCACGGUCAGGCAAGUAAGUUACUCUACUCGUGGGGAGGUCUUUCCCCGUCUUGAGUGCUCUUACUCCAUGUCUGGGUCGACAUUUACCAACGGGAGUUUGAUCCACUACGAUGACGAAGUAGGUACCCAAUACUACCGUACCUACCAGAAACCAGAAAAAAGGCCCACUGUGACUUCCAUGGAACCCCGCCUCUCGUAGACUAUACCUACAGCAUUAUCAAAUUAUCCCACAACGUUUAAACAACAUCCUGAUAAUUUAUCUGAGUCGAUUGCCUUGCCUGCCUACCUUAUACCCUUGACACACUUACAUCUUCUCUCACCCGUGUCAAGGAUCAAUCAGAGCUGUAGGAAAACCACGCACCUCGGUCUUUCUUCGUCUCUCUCCUUGUUCCGUCAUUUUUCAUCUCCCUCUCCCACAUCGUCACAACUCACCGCAAGCUUCAAAACCCGCACCACAAACGUCACCAUGGGUAAAACACAACCAAACCUUUUCGCAUUUCGCAACGUUGACGCCCUCGCCCCGGCGCUGCGUUCUUAUGUUAUCCAGAGCCAAGCUGCCGGCAUCGCCCGGCACGGCGCUUUCAAAGUGGGUGUAUCUGGUGGUUCGCUCCCCAAGACGCUCGCCCAAGCCCUCCUGGCCCCCUCUUCGGGCCCCAACGAUGUCGUCGAUUUCAAGCGCUGGGAAAUUUUCUUUGCAGAUGAGCGCGCUGUGCCCCUCGACCACGAAGACUCCAACUACGCCCUUCUCAAGAAGGAACUUCUGGACAAGAUCCCCGAGGACCAGAAGCCCACCGUGCACCCCAUCGACACAGAACACUUGAACGACCUGCAAGAACUUGCCGACCAGUACGAGAAGACACUCGUUGCCAGCUUCGCCAGCCGCGACUCGGUCCGUCUGCCUAUCUUCGACCUCCUCCUCCUCGGCUGCGGACCCGACGGACACACCUGCUCUCUUUUCCCUGGCCAUGAACUGCUCCGUGAAGUCGACGCCUGGGUUGCUCCCAUUGAAGACUCCCCUAAGCCUCCUCCCAAGCGCAUCACCCUCACUCUUCCAGUCGUCAACCACUCCGUUCGUGUCGCGUUCGUCGCUACUGGCGGCGGCAAGAAGGAUAUCAUGAAGCAGAUCUUCGAUACCGACGGUGGUCUGCCUUGCACUCUUGUCAACGAGGGUACUGGUGAACGCUGCAGUUGGUUCGUCGACGAGCCUGCUGUCGAGGGCGUCAGCUUUCCGCGAAGGGCUUUCCUCUGAUACCAUCACCCAAGCUAGCUUUAAUAACAAGCACCUCUACCCAGUCUUUGAGCUUGAGCCUGACUCACCAUAGCAUGCAAACCACAUCAACGUGCUGUCGCACUAGAUGGAGUCUGGCAUCGUGCGAAAAUCGCAGGGGAGCUGGAUGCUCAGCUUCCAAUUCAUCAUUCCUUUUAACAUCCCUCACGAUAUUGGGAGGACUUAAAAUACUAUAAGACGCAUCAAAUCUCCCAAUCGGCAAGGAUAUAGACGGCAAUUCUAUAUCGCAUCCGGUCCUGAUCGAUGAACCCCUAAGUACCAUUUAUGACUGCUAUAUCCCAACGAUGAUACUUCGUUUUUGCGUGGGCAUCAUUUAGAGGCGUUUGUUUUGAGGUAGGGAAUUUCCCAAAUGCUAUGACACCGAAAACCAAAGUAAAAAAAAUUCCAAACAAAUUUCAACAACAUGGUUUCGAGUUAGAGAAGAAGGGUUUGAAAGAAUUGUGGUUGAUUUACCAAUGUCCGUUUUAACUUGAUAUCCGAUCGAUCUAGGCCAGUACGCACAAGAGAUAGAGGGCCCAUUCUGCUGGUCAUGUUCUCGUUUCGAGGCCAACUGACAUAGCUAGAGCAGCUCAGUCCCAAAUAUGAUUAAAAAUGAGUCUAUAUGUAAAAUGGAGAAAGUGCAUCAUCUGCUAUGAUGUCGCUGAUCUAGGUGAUAUGCCGUUUAUCUGAUGUCCAAAACUCGCGCG